AAUUCCCUUUUGCCGCCACUCACUUCCCUCAAAAUCUUCAAUCCCCAAACCCUCUCUCCUUCCUCCACCAUCUCCUCCUUCUCCGACGUCGUUUCCUCUGCCUCGUUCUGCUGUGACGGCCUCUUGAUCGCCGCGUCUGACCUCUCGGGUCUAAUCCAAGUGUUCUCUGAUUUUUCACCUGUUAGUCAUGAAAUGUGUGUCACUGGGUCUUAUGAUCAUACGGUUAAGCUUUGGGAUGUGAGAGUGACUGGUUCGAAAACAGUUAUGGAGGUUAACCAUGGAAAACCAGUUGAAAGUGUCGUUUUUUUGCCAUCUGGGGGGUUAGUUACUACUGCAGGUGGGAAUUCGGUUAAGAUCUGGGAUUUUAUUGGAGGUGGGAAGAUGGUUUAUUCGAUGGAGAGUCAUACCAAGACGGUUACUUCAGUUUGUGUAGGGAGAGUUGGGAAGGAGAAUGUUGAGGAAGGGAGGGAGCAUAGGGUUUUGAGUGUGGGAUUGGAUGGGUAUAUGAGGGUGUUCGAUUAUGGGAGGAUGAAGGUCACACAUUCUAUGAGGUUCCCUGCACCACUUAUGUCAAUUGGGUUUUCACCAGAUUGUGGGGUGAGAGUGAUUGGGAGUUCGAAUGGGGUAAUGUAUGUUGGGAAGAGAAAAACGAAGGGGGAGAAUGUGGAGAGUAGUUUGAGAAGCUUUUGGAGUUUAGGUGUGGAGGAGGAGAGAAGGGUUAUGAGGCCUUCCUAUUUUCGGUAUUUUCAUAGAGGGCAGGGUGAUAAGCCUAAGGAGGGGGAUUAUUUGGUUAUGAGGCCAAAGAAGGUAAAGUUGGCAGAGCAUGAUAAGUUGUUGAAGAAGUUUAGGCACAAGGAGGCACUGGUGUCAGUGUUGGGCAUUAAGAAUCCGGAGAAUGUGGUGGCGGUGAUGGAGGAAUUGGUGGCAAGGAGGAAAUUGUUGAAGUGUGUUGAGAAUCUGGAUAAUAUGGAGCUUGGGUUGCUGUUGAUGUUCUUACAAAAGUAUUCUACAGUGCCAAGAUUCUCAGGUUUGUUGAUGGGAUUGACGAAGAAGGUUCUUGAAAUGCGGGUUGAAGAUAUCAGAAGUUCUGAGGCCUUGAAGGGUCAAAUUAGAAACCUUAAGCGGUCUGUUGAGGAGGAGAUACGGAUACAACAUUCUUUGCAAGAGCUACAGGGUAUCAUUUCUCCUUUAUUGAGGAUUGCUGGAAGGGGAUGAACCUUUAUUGCCUUUUUGGUUUUUUAAGAGGUAGUUGUAUUAUUUGAUUACCUGUUUGCAGCUUUCUUGUCAUGACAAUUGAUGUUAUGAAAUUUUGUUUGUGUUAUUAUUCAUUUCGUUUUGUAAUUUUUUGAGGAACUAUAGUUAUUCAAUGAGAUAUAUCAUAUCAAGCUUUUAUUUAUUUA